UUUUUUUUUCUUUCGUAUUAUCUUCUCACUAUGUCAAACAACAGUCAAAAAGCAGCUCAAAAGACAGACCAAGUAACAGACCAAAUACGUUCUGGUGCUCAUGAUGCAGCCAAUAAAGUAGAUAAAGCAUUAGAUGAUGCACCUCAACAAGUUGGUAAGGCUACUGAAAUAGCUGAAGACGAAGUCAAUAGACUCAAGGAUGAAUUGGCUGAUCUUAAACGAAAGGCUGGUCCCAAGAUUCAAGAAGCAGAGAAUUUCUUAACUUCACCUGCUGCUAUUAAUUUCUAUAAGGGUUUAAUUACAGGUGUUGCUCUUGUCUUGACUUAUAAGAAAUACACAGAUACUUACACAAAGAGAUAUUAUUAAUAAACC